UUAUUAGCUAAAUGAUAGCGCAUUACAUUAAUUUCACAUGUCAUAGUGUCAAAUGCGUAUCCCGUUAUGCAUUAUGCGGAUCUGAAGCACAUCAAUCAAAGUUAUCAGAGCAUAGGCAUAAGUAUGAAAUGUCUCAGUAUUGUCUCAACCAGUGACAAAAAAACAACUGAAAUGGAGAAUUUCGUUUCACAUUUGGGCGUGGGACAGAAACAGAUGGCUGAAAGAUACGCCGACUACCCCACUUCACACGAUCAACAUGUUUACUACACGUAUGAACCUCCUUCACAUGAACAUACAUCAUCCAAGCAUCACUCCUCAAGCGGCGGCGAACAUAAAAGCAAAGCUGCUAUGUCCGCGUUGACGCUUCUAGCAUUUUUAUUCUUCUUGCACAUACUUCAACAAUGUAUCAAGGACCAUAUGACGGCUAUGAGCACAUCACCAAUCAUGAUAAUGUCAGCCGGAAAAGAGGGUAAUGAAUUCGAAAAAACACGUUUAAAAUUAGAUAAAAGUGUGAAAAUCGACACCGAAACCGACAAAAAUGACCCGACAUCUGAUGACAAGGAGAAGCAUUUGACCAAAAUAUCAACAUAUCAUCCAUUUAGCAACGUCCAUAAAUAUAGCGAUAAAUCACAUUUUUCAAAGUAUGUUAACGCUAUGGGCCAAAAGUAACGUCUUAUAUAAUUCAUGUAAUCAAUAAAGGGAGCGUUCAAGUAUUACGUAA